GAAAGUGAAACAAGGUUGUCUGAUUCUAAAAAAAUGUUCUGCUUGUUCGGUUAAAAAUCGUGUGCAUUCCCUCGCCGUGGACGUAAACUUCGUCAUGUUGAUGAGUUGUUUACACGCAUCAUGUGACGAGUUCUGUGUGGUCUCGGCUAGUCUGUGGUGAGGCAGGGCAGUGAAACACUUACAAAAACAGAAGACCUACAGAAAAGAUUCAGUAAAAAGUGGCUGAACGGCGGCCUGGUGUUGGGUUGAUGUGAAUUGGUGGACGAUGGCAGAGGAUCGGGAGCUGAACCAGGUCGGCAAGGCCCCAGGGCCGCAGCCGCCUCCCCAGUGCAGCAGUCAGACGUACCGCAGCAGCGCGCACUCUCAGAGCCUGCUGGACGGACUCGUGGCCCUGCGAAACAGCGGAAUCCUCUUUGACGUCGCGCUGGUGGUGGAGGGGAAAGCCAUUGAAGCACAUCGCAUACUUCUUGCAGCAUCAUGUGACUACUUCCGGGGGAUGUUUGCGGGCGGCCUGCGGGAGAUGCAGGAGAAGGAGGUUCAGGUGCAUGGCGUCUCGUACACGGCUAUGUGUAAACUCCUGGACUUCAUUUACACCGCUGAACUGGAACUCAACCUGGAGAACGUGCAGGAAAUCCUGGCUGCUGCCUGCCUGCUUCAGAUCCAGGAUGCGAUUGGUUUCUGCUGCGACUUCCUUAUCUCCUGGGUGGAUGAUGACAACAUCACGGAGGUUUACAAACUGGCCGACCUGUUUGGGCUGAGUCAGCUAAGCGCCAAAGUUGACGCCUAUAUCUUGAAGAACUUUCUGGCUUUCUCCCGGACGCCCGCCUACCGCCAGCUCCCCCUGGAUAAGGUCUACUCCCUGCUGUCCAGCAAUCAGCUGGAGGUUGGCUCUGAGAACGAGGUCUAUGAGGCUGCUCUGCACUACCACUACACUCCCGAGCAGGUGGCGACUGACCAGGUGUCCCUGCAGGACUCCCUGAAGCUGCUGGAGACGGUGCGGUUCUGCCUGAUGGAGAAGCAUGUGCUGCAGCGGCUCCAUGACAAGCUCAAUGGCUGCCCGCAGAAGGACAGACUGGCGGCAGCUCUCCAGUACCACGAGAAGGAAGCCCUACAGCCGGUGCUCCAGAGCCCCCAGACGCAGCUGCGCUCCGAGUUCCGCUGCAUCGUGGGCUUCGGUGGCAUGUACUCCUCCCGCUCGGAGACCCUCAGCGACGAGGCCAAGUUCCUGAACCCCGUCACAGGCGAGUGGAGGAGCCUCACCGCAGCGCAGGCCCCCCGCAUGUCCAACCAGGGCAUCGCAAUCAUCAACAACUUUGUCUAUCUCAUUGGGGGCGAUAACAAUACCAGGGGCUUUCGAGCUGAGUCCAGGUGCUGGAGGUAUGACCCGCGUCACGACCGCUGGUUCCAGAUCCAGUCCAUGCAGCAGCAGCACGCUGACCACUGUGUGUGCGCCCUGGGGGGGUACCUGUACACUAUAGGGGGUCGGGACUAUCACAAUGAGCUCAAAGUGGUGGAGCGCUAUGACCCGCAAACCAAUACCUGGGAAUUUGUGGACCCUCUGAAACAGGAGGUGUAUGCUCAUGCUGGGGCAGUGCUUGAUGGGAAGAUCUACAUUACAUGUGGCCGGAGAGGACCCAUCUACUUGAACGAGACACACUGCUAUGACCCAGAGACGAACCAAUGGGAGAGCAGGGCUGCCAGUCCCAUUGGGCGAGCCUGGCACGGGAUGGCGGGGCUCAACGGCAGGGUGUACAUCAUCGGGGGCAGCAACGACAACCUGGGCUACCGCAGAGACAUCUUGAGGGUGGCAUGCUACGACCCUGCCAUUGAUGAAUGGACAACCGUGAGUCCGUUGCCUUCUGGGCAUGGAGAGCCUGGCAUCGCUGUGCUGGAUCACCGCAUCUUUGUGCUGGGCGGGCGCUCCCACAACCGCGGCAGCCGCACGGAUUACGUCCACGUUUACGAUGCCGAGGUAGAUCGCUGGGUGAACGGGACCACCUUCGAUGAUGACAUCUCCGGACUAGCCGCCUGCGUCCUGGUGCUCCCCCGCUCCGUUGUCAUGGAUACGGAAAACCGGACCUCGGAGCGGCGUUCCUUCUUGAUUUCACAUAACCGUACCUUUGACGAUGUCAUGAGCCUCGACGACUCGGAUGAAUCUGAUCAUUCCAGUGAGGAUUAAUUUUUCUAGUUUUUUUUUAAUAAAAUUCAGUAGGUGACUCCCCCAACCCCCAAUAUUAACACAGCAUAAAGGCUCUUAAGUUUAUAUCAGCAUUGCAAAACCAUGAAUGAAACAUUCAUGUUAAACCACAGCCGUCUGGUCCAAUGUUGUCUCUAGUGAAAUUUGAAUGUGCGCAGAAAAGUAAAUUACGGCUUGCCAUUUUAUGAAGGCAAAGUUCUAAGAAUGUCUGAACAAAAGAAAAAAAUCUUUUGGCCUUAAUGGGGGCAAUAAUCAAAAUAAUGUAUCUUAUUUUCACUUUGAUUCGGGUAAAGCUAAUGUAUCCUGCUGACAUCACACUACAAAUUCACUUCCUGUGCAAUAGGUAUUAGGACCACCGACAGAAUUAUAGAUUUUGAGGCUUAGGUGGGGUUACUACACAGGAAAUGAAUGUGUAGUGUAGUGGCUUGAUAAAUGAGUUUUACGCAAUCUCAAAGUGAAAAUAAAGUCUGAAAACUUUAGCUCGAGUGGCGAGUCAGAAUGUUAUUCCAAUGAGAAGUAGCAAAUGGAUUACAAGGCCUUGGUUAUUACCCCUUCAAGUUAUAAAUAUCAUAUUCUGUAUUAUAACAACUUUCACAGCAGCAGUGCUUAGUUUUGCUGAAUUAUGUUGGUCAAAAAAGCAUGUUGAAUUGUUACUUCUAAUAACCAUUAGUCCAGAAAUGCACAUACCCAGAGUGGUGUCUGUUUAAACUCUUCAACACACACACACAGAACACACAGAUGGGAAUGUGCCCCAGUGCCUUAAAAGGUGUUUACUGAAUACAACCUGUUCAACAAUGCCAUUUGUGAUUUUAAUGUAUUUACAGGAACCUUUCCAUAGAGUAUUUCUUUUUUAUUAUUUUUUUUUUCUGGUCCAACAUGCCUGAUAUAAUAUCUGAUUAAUUGAAUCAACCACAUAUUGUAAUUAAAAAAGUGCAUUCCUUUUUGCUGUUCAACCAGUGCAUAACCUAGAGCUGUGUAGGGUCUUUAUGCUAUUUACAAUGAAGGAAUACAAGCACAACCUCCGUGCCUGUGCCUGUAAGCAUAUGAACACAUAUCCUGAGAAACACGCAUCCUCUUGAGAUGGAACUGUGUGAGGAUAUUCCUUAGCACAAGUCCUCAAGGAUAUCGGAGUUUAGGUAAUGUUGACCUACUGUUUGCAUAAGUGUUGGGGUAUAUCUUGGGACCCGUGAAACUAUGCAUGGACAUCUUACAAAGUUAUUCCACAUGCUGUAAAGGUAGGCCACAGUGACUGACUUGAGUCACCUGAUUGGCUUAUCUAAUAAAGGCUACACUUUGUCGCUUGUAUGAUUUUGAUGAACAUGCAUAUUUGUUCAGAGAUUUGCUGUUGGUAGAUUGCGGUGACCUACUUUUGAUGGUACUGAUGCCUCUCAUGUGUUACUUGGAUAUCCUUGGUAGAGGCUAUUGUUGAAAAAGUUAUUUUUAAUAUGUGUAUAGAUGGCCACUAUUUGAAUGCUUAUGUUGACAAACAUUUUUAUAUAGAUACAGUUUCAUAUGUACAGUGCACCAUUUGAUAUUUCACCAUUUGAUAAUUCACUGUUAGGCCAUGUUGACAGUAAAUGAAAGUUCUGUAUUUUCCUGAAUAAGUGUCCUUCAUUAAUUCACUGUUUUUUUAAUGUCCAAGUCAGAUAGUGAAAUUGGAGCAAUGUAUUUUAGGUAUUGUUAGACAACAAAUACAUGACAUGGAGUGGCCUUGCAGCAAUGGUAUCAUUGUCAAGUAUGUUUAUCACUGGACACAAUCCACUUUCUAUUAAUCUGCAGUGCAUUGUAGUGCAAAUGUGCCAAUUAAUCACUGUUCACAUUAGUUAAUUGCAUUCAUUAAGGGUAAGCUUGCACUGAAUAACUAAAAUGUAUAUAUUACAGUUUUUUUGUAAAAAAAAAAAAGGAAAAAAAAUCAGUAGUUAAUGAGGAAAAUGUUUUUUGUAAUAAAUAAAGGUGGAGUUUAAUUAGUUAGCUCUUUGUAACCUUAUCAAGAGUGCUUUGCAUUGUGAAAAGAAAAUUGAAGUUCUCAGUGCAAAAUACUUUUAAAAAUGAAUUUGAAUCCCAUGCCUACCGUUUUAAUCCACAUGAUCACAAUACUUUUGAUCUGAUGAGAUUCUUGCACUGACAGCUUCAAUUGAUUAUAUAAAAAAACACUUGAAUAACCAAUAUUACUGAGUGAUGUGUGUUGUCUUCUGUGUUUCAAUUGUGUUAUGCAUAAAAUAUUAAUUAUUUCACCUUAUAGUGUGACUUUUAGAUUCUUCAUAGUAAACUGUGUUGGUGUGUUUGUCCAUUCCUUAUGUUGCUGUGCUGGCAUGUACUGUAUCAUUCAUAUGGACCUUAAAGGUAUAGGGUUGGUAAAAUAUUUUGUACAUAUUUAAGAAGGUUAAUAAAUAUUGUAAUAUGUAACCCA